AUGUGUCUUUCUCUCAUUUGUUUCCCACCUGCUUUUCGAGCCCUUUUCUCGGACAGUUGACCACAGUAUGUUUGAGAAUUUGAACACGACCCUCACUCCAAAGCUCCAGUCCAGCCAUUCCUUUCCCCACCUGUCCAGACCUGGGGCCCCAGGCUCUAUCGCCCCUGGUUCUGGAGAGCCAGGAGGACCAGGACUGAGGGUGGGCAGCAGCCAGCACCUUAGGAAUCUGGGCAAAGCUGUGGGGGCCAAGGUCAAUGACCUCCUGCGGAGAAAGGAGUCUUCAAGCCUGGGCAGUGUGGGUGUAUUGGAGAUUAAUAAGACGGCUGGAGCCCAGCUGCCUGGUGGGGAAGACGCAGCCUGUGGACCCUGGCUGGAGGAUGAAAGGUCAGUCCAAGAAGUCUUCCCGCUGCUGGAUCCUCCACCUCCCAUAACCCGGAAGCGAACCCCUCGGGCCCUGAAGACCACCCAGGACAUGCUGAUUUCAUCGCAGCCCGUCCUAAGCAAUCUAGAAUAUGGGACAGAAUCGCCACCUGGGCAGGCACAGGACUCUCCACCCGCUGCUCAGCCUAUCUCUGCAGACACUUCACGGCCGGAGUCUACCAUUGAAAUGGGAGAGAAGGGAGAGGCUCUGCCCAAUGGUGAGGUGUCCCUGUUGGUACCGGACCUAAUACACAAGAACACCCAGGAGGAAGCCAAGCUAAAAGCAACUGAGGGCAAGAAAUCCUCCUCCCCUGGCCCCAUUGAGAGAAAUGGCCUCAAACUCAGCUUGAGCCCCAUCAGCCUGGCUGAGUCCUGGGAGAACAGCAGCCCACCUCCGCAGGCACGGACUUCCAGCCUUGACAAUGAAGGCCUUCACCCAGACCUGCUGUCCUUUGAGUAGAAUCUCUUGUCUUCCCUGCUGAACAUCCUCUUCAAUUUGCCCCCCACCACACACAGGUCCAUCGCCCAGUGGUGCCGUGCCCUUAUCUUCCUUAUUGGAAGGCACAGCAGAGCCCACUCUCUACCAGAGGUGUUGUGGGACCAGAUGGCCACACACGUAGUCCCAGUAAAGGAGUCUGCAAAACAGCAAAGGGUCUCAGUGCCACCUCAUCCUGCUCCUCUGCAAACUCCUCUGCUGGCUGCUGCCUGCAGCUUUGGCUGCUGGAAUUCAUCCUCCUUUGGGCUUGUCCCAGCUUCCUCCUGAUUCACAGGGCCACCAGCCCAAGAGGAUGGAUCUAGCAGGAAUUUUCUUUACCUGUCUGCUCAGAAUCACAUGCUGUCUAUCCUUUGACCUCCCCACCACCACCAACCCCUGAUUCUGUCUCUUUCUUCUAUACUGGUCCAGGGCCUCCCUGCCUUGAAGAAGAUACAGCUAGGGAAGAAUGGUAGGUUUUGACUUGAUGAUGGGACCUGACCUGGAAAGCUACACCUUGACUAUAAUCCUAGCCACCAUCUUUCCUCUGCUUCUGGCCCGGCAUCAGAGAAGGUGCUUCCGGGACUUAAGGCCUUGAGAGCUUCCUCAAAGGUUGACCCUUGUCACUGAGGGUUCCCAGGGUUUUCUCAUCCGUUUAGGUGUGCCCCUACCUAUCUGGAUAGGCACUUGGGAACGAUGGUAUGGGCAGCCUUGCUGUGUGCGUGUGAAGACAGAAGUAGGCAGGCCCCUGCAGAAGCAGCCGAGAGUGUUCUGAUGUUCAGAGAGGAGAGCGUGAGAGCAUGGGAUGGUCCUGCAAGAGCAGAGAUCACAGGGAGGAGAACCGUGAGGACUGAGAAGGGCACUGCUGAGAGAGCAGCUUUUCAAGCCACUCCGCACCAAGAAAGAGGCAGUGCCUGGGUCUGGGAACAGUAUGUGUGAGAGCCGGGGUGGAGCAUGUGAGAGACUGGAGUGUGGUGAGGACGGUGGAAGCAAAGCCGUUGUCUUUAGUGAAAGUGCUUCUUUGUGCUUGUGCUGCCGUUGCCUGAAUUCCCGCAGCGCCAGAGAUACCUCGAGCCUCUGUCUUCUAUUCAGGUAAUGGCGAUCCUCCUCUGCUUCUGCGUAGAUCUGUGCAAGGACCCGACAAGACUUAUCAACUAUUCACUGGUUCCUGCCUUUCCAGGUUAACUUGCUUUGUAUCCCUCUCUUCCUUUAGGGGCCCUAUCAUGCUGUCUUCCCUGUGGCCAGGAGACUCUGUAGUGAUCCCAGCCACAAGGGCCUUUGUAGCCAGAAGAGGAAUCCCUAUUCUUGAACAAGGAGGCCAGAGGCCAACAAGGAGGUUGGGGAUGGUGCAUCCAGCCAGGGCAGGCCAAGCAGCAGUCCUCUUGCCCUCUUUCCUGUGCUCUUCCCUUUUCUGCUCGCUUGGCUCCCCAUCUGUGACACUGGGGCACACGGGUCUCACUUCCCAGUUCAGCAUCACCGGUGUGCUGCCCUCCUCCCAACUAGCAGACAUCUGAGCUAACUCCUGCAGCUGGAUGCUAAGGAUGAAGGUCUCCUUCUCAUACACCCGAGUAAGCAGCUGCAUGGCUUCAGCCACCUCUGCCCUCUGACCCUUUUCUCCCACCCCAUCUUCCAUUGCCACAGAAAGUAAGGCUUGAUCCCAUGCUCCCUGCAAACUCCCAUCUCUUCCUCUCAGAUGAAAAUCCAUGCAGCCAGGCAUCUGAAGGCUCUGUUGGAGUAUACAAGACUGUUAGUACAUCUGCAGCACACACGCGCUUUACUCCAAGAACAUCCCAGGGAUGUGACAUUUGAUCCUGAAGUCAGAGAAGUUCAUAGAACUAACAUUUGAGGACCUAUGGAUUUUCCCACAUCUUAGCCAAAUCAGAGCGUUCAGGCUUUAGGGUGGAAAGUCUAAGCAUUCACCAGAGAGCAAGUCCAUUGUAAUCUGUGCUCUCCAUAUCAAAAUCUUGGUUUGCUCCUCUGAUAGGAAGCUCACAGGUAUCUGCUCCCUGGGACAUCUCCUCCCCAGAGCCUAGGUGCUAUGGUUGCCUAAGACCAACAGCAUGAGGCUUGGCUUGGCUCAAGCACCCAGGACACUGCUAGAGCCCUGGCCCUCAGGCCCAGGGUUGGCCAAGAGAUCCCACCAUUGUCCCAAGAGCCUUAAAGAAGGAUCUUCUGAGUACUUCAAACUUGAUGCUUGAUGUUGGAUUAGGUGCCAUGCACGCCUGCAUCAACUGUAAGGCCUUGGCCAUCUCCCUGCUACAGGGGUGGUGCUGCUACCCCAGGAGGCCCUCUGAGACUGAGCCUUGUCUUAGAUGCUGGAGAUACUGCCUGGUGCUAAGGGGCUAAGGGUUUCCCUGCAGCAAUAAAUCCUCCCGAGGGCUUCCACUCACAUCAGCUCUUCCAGCUAGUGACCUCAUCAGGCUCACUGACCAUCUCAGCACUGUGGACUUCAGCACAGCAGCCUUCACAAUGAACCCAGAUGCUCUGGGGUUUUGGCCUUUGGGGAGUUUGAUCUGCAUGGCUCAAGAGCCGGCUAACAGGGAGGAAUGAAGGGUCUUACUUCAAUGUCUGUUUAAAGAAGCUGGUGUCUUGGUGCCCUUUUCUUUCCACUUCUUUCCAGGCCCCGACUUGUAUAACCCUAUUCAGACCAUAACUUUUCUUGAUAGAUGACAAAGUCAGCUUCCAGAAACAUGGAAAGAAGGUGUCCCCUCCUUAGUCCCAGCCCACACUUCUCUCUAGAAAUGUAUCUGUGAAUGUUCUGGGAGAUAUGAAGACAUGUGUUUUAAUCCAUCAUCUUUUAAAGAACAAGUUUGGCCCCUGUUGGAAAGAACAAGAUUAUAGUUCUAUUCUGAGUAUUUUUUAGAGAGUUCAUAUUUAUAUUUUUAGAGAUUUUUUUUCUUGUAGAAGGAAAUUGCAUAAUAAAAUGAUAAAUGUGU